UUUAUAGCAUUCCAGAUCACAAGCUUUGUUUGGAUGUAUUCAUACUAAGAUAUUUUUUCGUCAUCGACGUUUUGAUGCUUUCAACCUUUUAUUGAAACUGAAGGACGGAACUGUGCCACAUUGGAGUUUUCCAAUGCGCCGUACGCGAGCCUUAAUCCUGAAUGCUUGUCUUUGCAUGGCAUGAGUGAAAUAUAAACAGCUGGUGUGUGUUUAUGUUUAGAAAGUGUUUAAUCAACAUGCAGUUGGUGUGUGCAGAGUUAAUGGCCAUAAGGCGUCCACCUCGCAGCGCACACACAUUCCUGUGAUGUGGAUCUGUUACAAUUUGCCACGCUUUUAUAUGGCUGAAGCCGGUGAUUUCUUAUCGACAGGAAGCAGUUUGAAGAGUUCUUUUUAAUUGUGUGUCCUCAACGACUCUUUUCUUUACGGUGUCAAUGAUGACUGAGAACAAUGAGAUGGAGAGCGACACUCAGCUCCAGCGCUCCCCAAGCACCAUGUCCAUCCAACCGAUGUCAUCCAAGCUCCAGAGACUAAAACGCUCGCUGUCCUUCAAGACCGUCAUGCGCAGCAAAAGCGUGGAGAAUUUCUUCCAAAGGUCCUACAGCGACGCUCGCCUGCCCCCAGAUUUCAUCACGGACCCGCCUCCCCCUUCUCCCCCACUGCUUCCUGGCUCUCCUCUCGUCGGCCACCGCUCACCCUCCAUAUCACCAUCACUCAGCCCCAACCUAUCCAUUUCCUCCCAUUCCCCAAACCUCAGUCUUUCACCAUCACUGUCCAUAAAGCCUCCCCAACCUCAGAUUACCCACUGUUUCCAGGACCAUGUCUUUCGCAAGCCCACCAACUGCCAGCACUGCAAGCACAUGAUAGUGGGAAACUCCAAACAGGCUCUGCGGUGUAAAACCUGCAAGAUGGCUGCUCACCUGUGGUGCACCUCUGAACUCUCGCAGCAGCUGUGUCAUGGGAAGGUGCGAAUAAGCUUACAAAAUUCUGGAGCGUUCAAGCGAAACUUCAGCUCCCCACUGCUGGUCAAUGACCAACUGUCUGUCGUCAAGGAAGUUCAACCGAGCCAAGAGGCUGCGCGGAUACGUGUAGACCCCGUGUAUGCUGCCCUGCGCUUCGGGACGUCCUUGGCGCAUAUGAGCCGCUCCAGCUUUGGCAGUUUAUCAGAGUCACCAACACGCAGCCUGGGGGAGGGAGGUGAGGAGAUGCAGCAGAGACAGUGCAGCAUGGAUGAAGAGAUUACUCAGGAGACAGGGGACAACCCUUUCCCAGACGCUGAGAUUGAGGAGGAAGAGGAGAACGGCAGCCAGCAGACUCUUGCAGAAGCUGCUGAUCCUGCAGAGGAGAACAAUGUGAUGGUGCCCAAGCGCAUUGAAGUUCACUCCAUCCACACCUAUGUAGCGCUCUACAAGUUUCUGCCUCAAGAACAGAACGACCUGGAACUUCAUCCUGGUGAUCGUGUGCAGGUCACUGACGACUCUAAUGAGGAGUGGUGGAAGGGCAAGAGUGGCGACAAAAUAGGCUUCUUUCCUGCCAACUUUGUUCAGAGGGUCCGGCCGGGAGAGCGAGUAUGGCGGGUCGUUCAGGGCUUUCCCGGAAACCGAGAGAGAGGACACAUGGCCGUGAAGGAGUCCCAGAUCUGUGUGGGGAAGCGGGAAGAAGGUGAUGUGUUUCUAAAGCUGAGCAGCGGGAAGAAGAGAGGUCUGGUCCCAGCUGACUCCAUAGAGGAGAUCUGAGCCUCUGUGCUCACAUCACCAUCCUUCCACUUCUACUCCCACCAGGAGGCUCCUAUCUUCAGACUAUCACCAUCACCCCUCCUCCCCUCUCCCCUCUGCAAAACAACAGCCUUCUGCAACCAAUCCUGCCUGACUUAAACCAAACACACAGAUGAACUGGACGAAAAAAAACGACUGUCUGCCUUUUAAGAGUUUUCAGUUAUGCAGUAGUCAUCUUUUAGAGAGGAACUGUUUUCAGCACUCUAGUUGUAUCUUUACAAUACAAGACCAAUGUUCAGUUAGAUAAAGGUUGCAAGUGAAUGUGCUAGCCAGGUGCCGGUCAAUAUAUAAUUUCCCCCCAUCAUAAAGACGUCUACCAACGUUGGAGGGGGUUGAAUCGUGUCUUGGGAAUAUAGAGUGUCUGUUUGAGUCCUGUACUUGUUUCUGCACCCUCUGUGUGUCUCAUCCAUAUCUGUUCAUGUCAGGGCGUCAUAACAUUGGGCACUUCCCAAGCACAACCACUGCCAGAUAAAACUGCUGCCAUGUAGACAGAGAGGAGAUUUAGAUGAAAGGACAAGACACAAUCUGAAAAUCCUCAGCAUGUGUCAGGCUGAGGUAUAAGUGCACUCGCCAAUUUGACACAGCAGAAAUUAGAAGAUUAUCAAAGGAAAAUUGAGGCUUUGAGGAUCACAGGGAUUAUUUUUCUCUUGACUUUUUUCAGUAUAAAAUACCAAUGAAAAUAUAGUAAAAAAUUGCUUCAGCACAUUCAAAUUCCUGGUAAGAAAGCAUUAAUCAGCCGGUGAACCCCAUGCUCCACAAGUCAAUUUUUUGCUGAAGAAACUUUCCCUUUUAACAAUCUACAGGACAGCAUCUCGGACAUAAAGGGAUUUGUUGAAAGAAUCCUUUGAAUGUUCUUCUGAUAAAUGGCAUAUCUAUCCAGGAAUACAGCUGGGUGUGAAGUAUCUUACAUUAAAAAAGGUCUUCAUCUCUCCUCUUAUUGUUUCAAUGCAAUAUGAUCAAGGAGGCUCUUAAAAAGAAAAGCAGGGAGGGUGAUCUCACAGCAAGACCUUCUGACUGUAGCAGUGGCAGUUCUCCUGUUUUUUCACAUAAAGGAGCUUGACAGGCAUAAAAGGGGUUGGUUUCUGCAGGGACCAGCUGAAGAGCUGCAGUGGGUGUUGCAAAUGUUGCACGGCGUUAUUAAAGGACUUCACUAGAACUGGAGCAGUGGGAAAUAAGCCACGGCCAGAAAAACAACUCAAUGGGGAUGUCUCUGACCAUGACAAGGAGUUUAAGUUUCACCGACAGCUUGGAGGAGGCUGGAAAACAAAAUGGAGGAGGAGGUGCAGUGAGAGGAAUGACAUCAGUGUUGAGCCAUUAUGAGUCAGUGUAUGCAUGCAGGUAGUGUUGUACCCAUGGACGCAUCAGUCAUCAUUGAUCAAAUGUCAUCUCCAUCUUCCCUGUUCGGCCUUGCUCGUCCUUUCUUUAUUGAAGCGCCUGUUCAGUUAUGACAUAAAGUGAAGGCGAUUUUCUUCCAAUGAAUGAAGGUAGAUUUUUGAUGUUUAGACAUCCAUCGAUAAAAAAAUGUUGACCCUUUUUUUAAAAGAACAUCAUCUUGUGUAAUAAAGAAAAUGUUGGUUUGAAACAUACAAUGCAACAGCAGAAUGAUGGCAUUGAAAAAAAUGUAACCUGUGUGUCUUCUUCCAGAGAACUGAGAUCUAGAUUAUAUAAUUUAGUCUACAUUUUAAUACAUAUGAAAGCCUUUAGCAAAUGUGAGAAAUGAGCUUCUCUUCUUGUCAUAAUGAGAAAAGCAAUUUAUUUUCUCCGAUCUUUGUAAAUUGUGCUUUUUGUGUCUCCUUCAUAGUGAUAGCUGUCAUACUCAAAUUUUUGUCAGAUCAAAACUGGACUUAAGAUUCUUACCCAUGUUUACCACUUUGUGCAUUGUUCCUAGUUUUAUGUAGCAUCACACCUUUGAGAACUCAAAAACGUCAGGUAUAUCAUUGGUUGGCCACAUACCUUAAUAAAAAAUCUUUACAAAACAGUCUCUGUACCUUACAUGGACACUUAAGACAGGAUUUGCUCCACUGCAGACGAAGCUUCUGGUGAAUGCUGUUGAUCAUUUA